AUGGGCCUCAGCCAGACCCAGAAAGACCUGAUCGCCGGGUCCGCCGGCGGUAUCACCCAGGUGCUUGUUGGCCAGCCCUUUGACAUUGUCAAGGUCCGCGUCCAGACCGCCGCACCGGGGACAUACAAGUCUCCUCUCGACUGCGCUGCCAAGCUCCUGAAGAACGAGGGACCGCUGGGUUUCUACAAGGGAACUCUCACCCCGCUUCUUGGUAUCGGCGCGUGUGUGUCUAUCCAGUUUGGUGCGCUCGAGUGGGCGAAGCGCUUCUUUGGCCGCCGGAACGGCGGUAAGGAGCUUUCUCUUGCCGAGUUGUACGCUUCCGGCGCGAUUGCAGGUGCGGCCAACACUAUUGUCGCUGGACCGGUCGAGCAUAUCCGUAUUCGACUGCAGACGCAGCCAGACAACCCGCGUCUGUAUAAGGGUCCCCUGGAUUGCGCGCGCAAGCUGUACGCGCAGAACGGCAUUGCUGGUGUGUUCAAGGGUCAGGUGGCUACGGUGUGCCGUGACGGUAUCGGUUAUGGAUUCUACUUCCUCGCAUACGAGGCGCUUGUCCAGCGCCACAUCCGCAAGAACGGUGGUACGCGCGAGGACAUUUCGCCGCUCAUGUCGCUGGGCUAUGGCGCGAUUGCGGGAUACGCCCUCUGGGCCAGCAUUUACCCUCUCGACGUGGUCAAGUCCAAGCUCCAGACCGACAGCCUUGACCCCAAGAAGCGCGUGUACUCGGGUAUGGUGGACUGUUUCCGCAAGACAUGGCGCGCACAGGGAUGGCGCGGGUUCACUGGUGGUCUCGAGCCGACUUUGAUCCGUUCGCCAUUCGCAAACGGCGCGACGUUUGUUGCGUUCGAACUGGCCAUGCGUCUCAUGGGCGGUGACAAGCACGAGCAUAUGGUCAUGCCGGACCCGACGGCGUAG